CGAACGCUCUUAGUUCGUGUUGCACACUGGGAGGUUUGUCCUUUUAGAUGUCAUUGUUGUAAAGUGUGUGUUAGUUGGAAAGUAGCAGCAUAAUCAGGAUGUCUGGAUACACAGCGGAUGAAAAACUCCGCUAUGAGCAGUUAAUAAAGCUGCGGCGACAGUGGCUGAAAGAUCAGGAGCUCAGUCCUCGAGAGCCCGUCACUGCACCCAAAACACCCGGCCGGGUCGCCCGAUUCUGGGCUGGAUUCCUGGAGCCAAAGACUCUCUGGAGAUUAUAUACAUUUAAAGCCUAUAAUGCCAGUGUGUUUGCCAUCACGCGAAUUCUGAUCCCAGCCUGGAUUGUGCAUUACUACAUGAAGUACCACGUCGCUAAAAUGCCAUAUGGAAUUGUUGAGUUAAAACCCAGGCUGUUUCCUGGAGACACCAUUAUGGAAACAGGAGAAGUUGUUCCAGAUCUUCCUGAAGCAGAGAGUCAUGGUCAUCAUUGAAGAUCCAAGUUAAUAUUCAGUAUAAACAUGUUCAUCUGCUCCUAUUGUAAAAUUGAUGCACUUGUGUGUAUACUAUGUCAAUAAAGAUUAUUACUGAUUCUG